AUGCCGAGACAAUUGUUCAAGAACGUUGACGGCUUCUACGUCUUCUCAGCCUACUCGGAGGAAUGGGUUCGCUCGGCACUGCGCUACAAGCCGGUGCCGGAAGACGUGUUCAUCGUCAGCUAUCCAAAAUCUGGCACCACCUGGAUGCAGCACAUUGUAUACAACAUCUUCAACGGCCGUAGUCCUCCGGCCCACCCCUUGGACGCCAGCCGCGAGAUGCCCUUUCUGGAGUUGCAAGGCCCCGAUUCCGUCAAGGAGAUGCCGAGACCGGGGGUUAUCAAAACGCACAUGCCCUUUGGCUCCCAACCUUACUCUUUGCACGCCAAAUACAUCUACAUCUGCAGGAACCCAUACGACUGCUGUGUGUCAUUCUUCUACCACACGAAAGGUUUGGCGGCGUUUCAGUUUCAAGAUGGCACGUUCGACGAGUUCUUCGAGCUGUUCCUCAAUGGGAAGCCGGACUUCUCGGACUACUUCGAACAUCUGCUCUCCUGGUACGAGCACCGACACGACCCCAAUGUCCUCUUCUUAACGUACGAGGACCUGAAGAAGGACACCAGGGCAUGGGUGCUCAAGAUCGCGGAUUUCCUUGGAAACGAAUAUGGUACAAGACUUCGGGCGGAACAAGGGCUACUGGAAGGCAUCUUGAACAGGACAAGUUUCAAAAAUAUGAAAGUCCUGAAUGCAACUAUACAAGAGGAUCUCGUAAAAGUGGCCAAUCUAGCCGAAGACGAACUGCCAAACUGGAUGAAGGGCCUCGGGCACGACGCCGACAUUGACAGAGUAGAGAAGCCACUGACUGAAGAUACCUUUCGUAAGGGUAAUGUUGGAGACUGGAGGAACCACUUUUCUGCUGAUCAGGUUAAGCGCCUCAAGGAGCGCAUUGAGUUGAGGACACGCGGUAGUGACGUCAUGGAUCUGUGGAAGGACAAUGGGCUUCCGUGA